ACCUUAUUUGUCUUCCGAAUAGAACUAGCCUAUGAAUUUAUAAACGAUAAGCUCAAAAUAAAAAAGCUAAGUUCGUGAAAGAAAAAUAAUAUCGAACAAAUCUGUUUCCUUUUAUGUGAUAUGCAGUUAUAAAUCAUAAGUUGAAAAUUUUUAAGUAGAAAAUAGUUACAAGUAAAUGCAUUGGUGAUAUUGUCAGAAGUGAAGUGAAAGAAGAAAAGUGUAACAAAAGAGAAGAAGAAUCACAGAAAAAAAAUGGGUGCAGGUACCGAAAACGUGCCACCGUUCAUCGGAGCUCAAUUGAAUCACCUCCUUUCUCACUCCCGUCCGCCCCUCAAGAUUGAUCAAAUGUGGUCAAGCGACAAAUACAAUUCUGGACUCAUUGAUCGAUUCACACUCCUCAUUCCUUAUUGCUUAGAUUUCAUCAAAUGGGAUGUUAUAUUUGAUGCUGAAUCUCCUACUACUGUACCCGAUGUUAUUUUUGGACCUGAAGAUGAACAUUUUCAUCCUUUUCAUAUGUCACCUUCUGUUGAACCUAAUACUAAUAGCUCCUUAUUGUCUGAUUGGAAUUACAAAGACCCUGCUUGUCUCUUGAACCUUAUUCAAUUCUUGAGGGACCAGUAUGUGUUGUAUCAAGGGAAGCGUGUUGGAGAAGUUGAUGACGAUAGGUUGAAAUUUGAAGUCAGUACGAUUGUUUCUAGGGAGGGACUAGAAAUGCACAUGUGUUCUUUUGCUGACAAGUCAGAGGAGGUUAAAUUUGCUGUUCCCCUACUGGACAUGAACAUAAACAAGAUGGUGUCUGGCUGUCCCUGGAAACAAUUGCAGAAGAUAUACUUACAAGUUGUAUAUCCUGUUGGGAGAAAAUAUAUGUCUGCAUCUUCAGCUCCUCGCCUGAAGUUAGUAUCUUCUUUUGAGUUGAAAGCCCUAUAUUCCGUCGAUGAUGUUAAGCUGCCAUCUUGGUUGGAUGGGAUGUGCUUGGCAGAAUACCUUCCAAAUCUAGAAGAAUAUCUUGAGAAACAGGUCCUCGAGGCUGUUUCAUUAAUUGAUGUUAGAAGGCGCUUCAUUGAAGCGUUAGCUGUUCCAUUAGGAAGGCCAGUUGAAGCUGAUCCUGUCUUUUGCAGAAAGGCAACUUUUCUGUCUGCCUCUGGAGUUUUUACAUUUCUGGUACACUUCCUAAUUCCAAGUCAGUUUCCAAAGCAACAGCCAGCUAUUAUGCUUCAAAGUUCACAGCAUUUUAAUUCGCAAAUGGCACCUAUCAAGUCACGUCCCAUUUCUGAUUAUCCAUGGAGUCCAAGAUGGGAACCAUCAUUGAUGGCUGAGCGAAUUUUUGAGUUUCUGACAGACGAGGCCUUGACAUUCAAGAGGCAAUGCAGCGAGGGCCAAGUUCAACUAUAACAUGUCCAGAACAUGUUCAGCUCCAUCCCAAUGUCGUGGCAAUCUUUAAACUGUCUUUGAAAAAUGUCAUGUUGGUCUCGAUCUGUUAAUGCAUUGUUUUCUUAGGAGUUAAACAAAUGGCCAUUUAAAAUUUUCUUGAAUUGGUGCAAUUCUCGGAAUCUUUUGUAUCAUAUUGUCUGUUCUUUGACCAAAACAUUACAAUGUGCAUACAAGUAGGAGUUGUAUUAUCAAAAAGAUAUUCAACAUGUAAAAAAGGAUUUUUAGUGUUAUGUUUUUAUUUUCGCCAUGUCA